CUUCUUCUUCUUCCUCCUCCUCCUCCUCUCUUUCCCGCUGUCUCUAUUCUCAGUUCACAGUCCCCACUCUGCACUUUGAACCGAAAAAUGAGCGGUCUUGUCGGACUCAUCCAAUCCACAAUCUCCGCCUCUGCAAUCAACUCCGCCGUACAUCUUCCCUUCCCUAGUAGUCCGUUAAUUUCCUCUUCACCUUCUUCUCUCCUCUGCACUCUUCCCUCUCAUCUCAACCCGCUCCACGGCCGCAAGCCCAUCUCAAGUCCUCGAGCGAGCAAUUCUGCGACGGCACGAGUGGAAGAAGACCGGGUGGACGUGGAAGUCGCGGAGGGUUACACGGUCACCCAGUUCUGCGACAGGAUCAUCGACGUGUUCUUGAACGAGAAGCCCCGAGUGAAGGAGUGGAGGAAGUUCUUGGUGUUCCGAGAGGAGUGGAAUAAGUACAGGGACGGCUUCCACAGUCGCUGCCGCUCACGGGCUGAUAGCGAGGACGACUUGAAUUUGAAGCAAAGGUAUAUCGCUCUUUCGAGGAAGGUCAAGAAGAUUGAUGAGGAGAUGGAGAGGCACAGUGAGUUGCUUAGGGAGGUUCAGGACAGCCCGACGGAUAUCGGCACAGUGGUUGCACGGCGGCGCAAGGGCUUCACAGGAGAGUUCUUCAGUUAUCUCACUACACUUUCAGAAACGUAUGAUAGCUUGGAAGAUCGGGAUGCAUUGGCAAGGCUGGGCGCUAGAUGCUUGUCUGCAGUCAGUGCUUAUGACAACACUUUGGAGACUGUGGAAAAUUUAGACAGUGCUCAAUCCAAAUUCGAUGAGAUACUCAAUUCUCCUUCGAUAGAGGUGGCAUGUGAAAAGAUUAAAAGCCUUGCCAAGGCAAAGGAGCUCGACUCCUCAUUAAUCCUGUUGAUAAAUAGUGCAUGGGCUUCAGCGAAGGAAUCCAAAACCUUGAAAGACGAGGUCAAAGAUAUCAUGUGUCGAAUAUAUAAAGCCACAAAAAGCAGUCUAAGGAGUAUUGCUCCUAAAGAGAUAAAAUUACUCAAGUAUCUGCUGAAUAUUACAGACCCUGAAGAGCGGUUUUCAGCACUGGCAACAGCUUUUUCUCCAGGUGAUGAAAGAGAAGCCAAGGACCCAAGUGCUUUAUACACCACCCCAAAGGAGCUUCAUAAGUGGAUUAAAAUCAUGCUUGAUGCGUACCAUCUUAACAAAGAGGAUACUGACAUUAGGGAAGCAAAGCAAUUGACUGAACCUGUCGUUAUUCAAAGGCUUUUCAUCUUGAAGGACACAAUUGAAGAGGAGUACUUAGAGAAAGACGAAUCUCAGACAGAUAAGAAGGAUGAUGAUGACAAAGUGGACUUAUGAGCCUGAGCAGCUUAAUUGUUUGCAGAUGGAGGUGUCUGUUAAGUUCACUUGUUCUGGUUGGUCCAUAUCGAAGAAUGGUGUAGCGGGAACUCAUCCUGAUGCAUCAUUUGAAUCUCAUGUGUGUUGCUUUCUUGGAGGAAAGAGGAGGCCGCAAUAGUUAGUGAGGUUGACGUUGAGAUUCACUUGUGAGAAGUGAUGUGAUGCUACUUGCAAUAUUUAGCUCAUGCCAGUUCCAAUAUGUGAAACACCCUAACAGAGGAGCUUCCGAGGUUCCUCGGAAGCAAACAUGAGAUGGAGUCGCAUUGGGUAUUAGGAUGUAUGUUGUAUGAGGUUCUUUGAUAUCCAAGUUCCGACAGAUCGGCAUUGUUCCAACAAUGUCUUAUGUUGGCACGAGGUCGAACAUAUGGAUGUCCCGUUUGCCUUUCAGGAGUUAGUCCCUGUGAGGUUCUGUUGGUACCAUGUCGGCUCUGUAGUCAAUGGAACAACCUUUGUUCCCAUAAAUUUGUCGACGUCCUUCGCCCGUCGGCGGUGGAUGUAUUUACACACUAAUGAGGUCUGGUUUGAUCAAUUGGAAUGGAAUAACGGGGGUGGCCCUUCCUUGAAAGUAGA